AUGUGGUUGGCCGAGGAAGACGUCAACGAUGUGAGCGAAGCCCUUCUCCACUCUUGGCCAAAAGACACCAGCAUCGUCCUGCUUGGGGCGCAGGAGUACCUCCAAGCCCCAAGGCCGGGCCGGCAACGGGCGCGUCACCGGAGCCGAAGCGUUUCGCUCGUGUCGCAAGAUGUCGCCACUGGCUUGGGGACGCGCUAUCGGCUAGCUCAACUUGGAUUCUCGUUCGGUUCGUAUGGCUGGGCGAUUCGCACGGCUGACCUUCCGGACUUCGUCUCCACCUUCCUCGACCCGUCACUCGCCAAGGCGGCCCGCGACCCGCACCUCAACCUUGCGAUUGACAACGACUGGUAUCCGUGGGCGGCGAAGAGAGGAAAGACCGUACGACUUCUAUGUCCGGUAGUGGUCGGGCACCGUGCUUCGUGGUCCCUGACUCAAAAUAGUACACAAAAAGCCCUGACGAACCGGGAAUGUCCGCAGGCCCUGCUUCAGCCAGUAGCGACCCCUUUCGCCACCGCCUUCAUGUCGAACGCAGAGACAUCACCACAGACGUCGCCAUCGACGCACGGCGAGACGCACCAUACCAGUACUGGAGCGUCAAGUGUAUCAGCAAAAACGGACGAGAACGAGCCUCGCACUGACGUCGGUCGGCACGAACGCGUUUCAGUCAUGGGACGGAGCUCCGAAGCGAAGUCGCUUAAUGUCACUGUGCCAGCAGCAGAAGACAAGCGAGAACGCAUGCAUGUCCUCAUUCUUUCCGCACGAGAAAACUUUGCGAAGAGGCAAGUGAUACGCGCGACAUGGUUGAAACAGAACCGGAUGUGGAGCGAGGGAGGCAACGCCGGCAGUCGGAGGCCUUGGGCUCACUUUCUUGUUGGCGCACAGGGCUGUGAGAUUCCACUUUCCGAGCGGAUCGCUGUGGACCGAGCCGUUGGAGGCUACUGCACGCCGCGCAAAGAAGAACGCAGUUCCAUUCUCAGCAUUCUUGAUCGGUGGUUUUUUGGCGCUGCAGCUGCAGGCAAAAGCAGCACUUCACAAAACGCGUGGCUGGUGCAACGCGAGAAAGAACAGCAGCUUACUGCAGCACUCCAGCAAGAAGAGAAAAUGCAUGACGACAUGGUCCUUCUGCCAAUGGUGGACGUGUAUCACAACAGUACUUUGAAAAUGAAGCUUGCCUUUCAAUGGGUCACGUCGCAACCCCAAUUCUCCAAGACGUUACAGUGGAUCGUUAAGGUGGACGACGACGCGUACGUGAGGCGUUUCCCGUUACAGCGAUUUCUUUUUCCGCAAAAAGAUGACGACUUCCCGACGACAGGCCUCGAUCCCGCAUCAGAAAAAAUUCUGCUUGGGCUUGUCUGGCAGCAAAUGCCAGUGCAGGACGAUCCGACGACGUCAAAGUGGGUAGAGAAGAACUACCCGCACAGCCAUUAUCCUCCUUAUCUCAGUGGGACAGCUGGCGAAGUUUUCUCCUGGGAAUUUGUUCAGUAUGUUGCUGACCACCAAGCAGAGCUGUUCAACUACGCAGGCGAAGAUUACGCCUUCGGAAUCUGGGCAGCGGAACAAAUCCCAAGCGUUCGCGUGGUUUCAACUGUACAAAAGUUCGACAAAGGGACGAAGGCGCAGCGCUGGUUUCAAUACCAAAAAAACUCUUGCAGGGACCCAGAGGCAGUGAUUUCUGGCGGCCUCACGGCAGAGCAAAUCCGGGCCUGCGCAGCUGAAGACGACGCAAGGAAGCUGCUCACCGGCAGACGACGCAAGGAAGCUGAAGACGGCGCCACGGGUUCCGCGAGCUGA